AUGGCUUCUGACAAAGAGUUCUUCGUGGCGGCAUUUGAGACCAUCCUUCGCAACGUCAACCCAGCUCAGCUAAGCAUCAUCAGCGAGUCUCUUGCUGAAGCUUGCGUGAAGGCUUCGCGAGAGACUAUCGCCAAUGCCAUGGGCUCAGAGCCAGUGAGAAAAGUGAUCGAUCAGCAAGCUGAGCCAGAAGAACCUCCUCUCACCAAAACCAUCAGUCGUGUCCACAAGCGUCGUGAGUCCACUACCGGCAGCAAGCGUGUGGUGAACGGCUUCAUCUGCUUUCGCGCUUACUACUGUUCCCUGUUUGAUGGUCUGGCUCAGAAACUCAAGUCUGGUCUCCUCCGACAGAUGUGGGGCAAAGAGUCUCGACGCAACAUCUUUGGUCUUCUGGGCCGCGCCUUUUCCGAUCUCCGGGACCACCACGCUGAAGUUGUGACCAUGGAGCGUUUUCUGGUAGUUGCUGCUAUAGCUGUUCCCUUGGUUCCAGCCGCUGAAUACCUUGUCAUGAUGGGUUGGGUGCCUGAGCCUAUUCUGCAAGAGGAUGGAGAGAUGGUGCUUCAACGUGAUUUGAAGUUCAACGUUGACAUUGUCAAUACUCAGUAUCCGCCUCAAACUCGACUCUCGGUCGCGGAUAUUGUGGAGCAUUGCUAUGCACAUGGCUUCCUGGAUCGUGCAUCUCGCAGACGACCAGCCCCCACCGAUGCAGACCGUCGCCCACAGGGUGGAUCUGUCAACAUGGCAGUCGCAGCUGCACCUCCUCAGCAAUGUUUUUCACUUCAAGUUAGUCAACGUUCGGCAACAGUAAGUACCAAGUCAUCGCCAUCGCACCUUUACUCUAGCUUACCACUCAUGCAGAUUGACGAGGAGAUUCAACAUGUUGUUCGCCGAGCCGAGAGCACCGCAUCGAGCAGCACUGGAACGCCAGCCAGCAAUACCACAGACAGUGGCCUCAGAGACAGCAACGGCUACCUCACCAUUGAUGCAGUGACAGCUGACCAACAAGCCACGUAUGAACAGCUCGAGAUCGGCUACCACUUCCAUCCCAGAAUGGCUCCAGUCCUCGGUUUUGAUCCUCGCAUCGUCCAGGACGAUUUCGAUCCGUUCGACCUUGACCUCAGUGGCUACAUCGACUUCGACUCCGAGGAGAAGAAGUGA